UGGACUCUUGGAGGCAACCCAAUAGGCCAAGUAAUUGUAGUCCUCCAAACUACUCAAGAUGCCGUAUGGCCACAAGCAUUUAGCCACGUUCUCAAUUUCCACUAAAGCAAUCGUCAAACUUUUAAAAAGAAAAAGUGAGGCCACCUAAGCUCUACCCAAUUAAUCUGGAGUUUUGGACAUUCACCUUAUUGUAUGUGUAUAUAUAACCAAUCAUAUGUUGAAACUCCCAAGAAAAAAUCUCUUUCUAAUAUUCUUACUCCCAACUAAAUUUCUUCUUUCUGAAAUGGAUUGGACCAGAGGCCAUACUAUAGGCCACGGUUCCACCGCCGUCGUCUCCAUUGCCAAGUCACGUUUCUCCGAUGAAUUUUUUGCUGUCAAGUCCGUGGAGCUAUCCCAGGCUCAAUUCUUACAAAAGGAACAGAAAAUUAUGUCGCAAUUGAGCUCCCCUUAUAUAGUUAGCUACAAGGGGUGCGAUGUUACUAAAGAGAAGGACAAACUCAUGUUUAAUCUUAUGAUGGAGUACAUGUCAGAGGGUACACUCAUCGAUGAAAAUCGGAAACAGGGUAUUCGGAUCAAUGAGCCAUUGAUCGGGUACUACACGAAGCAAAUUCUUCUAGGAUUAGAUUACCUACAUUCAAGGGGCAUAGCACAUUGUGACAUCAAGGGGCAGAACAUUUUGUUAGGUAAAACUGGUGCCAAAAUUGCCGACUUUGGUUGUGCCAGGUGGGUUGAUCCGGCUGAGAGGGACGGUGGUAUGGCAGCAGCUUCUGCCGAGCCAAUUAGCGGCACACCAAUGUUCAUGGCACCGGAGGUGGCACGUGGGGAAGAACAGGGGUGUCCCGCUGAUAUUUGGGCAUUGGGAUGUACUAUUAUAGAAAUGGCCAUUGGUAGAUUACCAUGGGCCAAUGUGACAAACGCAGCUUCAUUGCUUUACCAAAUUGCAUUUUCUGGCCAAUCCCCAGAAAUUCCAAAAUUCUUGUCUUUAGAAGCAAGGGACUUCUUAAUCAAAUGCUUGAGAAGAGAUCCAAAAGAAAGAUGGGCGGCUAAACAACUCCUGAAACAUCCAUUUCUUGAAGAAUCCAAUUCGAAUUCUACGACAAAUCAAGAUUGCGUGACAAGUUCCCCAACAAGCAUUCUUGAUCAAGACAUAUGGAAUUCAGAAACCGUGGAUUCUACAAUACAAAUAGUAAGCUCAAUAGAGUCUCCUUUGCAAAGGUUAAGAAAGAGAGAUUUAAAUUCAGGAGAACCAAACUGGAGAUGGGAUGAUCAUCGAUGGGUUACUGUUAGAAGAAGCGGUGAAUAGCUCGAAAUAAAGGUAGCUGGUGUAACAGUGACAACUAACACAAACAGUACUCUUGCUGUAAUUUUUGUAUUAUACAGCAGAACGCUGUAGAAACAGUUCUUUAUAUACCAAUUUUUGGCUAA